CGAAACCUUGGCAAUACAUGUUUCAUGGACGCCAUGCUUCAGAACCUAGCUUGGUGUCCUAAACUACAAAUUGAACUUGCAGAAGCACAAUUGAAAAAAUUUUGCAAAAUGUCAAAAAGUUUAUUGCGACUUUUGAAUUACACUCAUUCUGAAGACGGAAAGAAUUCAGGAUAUAAACCCUCUGACAUUUUGUCGGCAGCUAGACAGAGAAACAGUAUAUUUAACGGAUAUCAUCAACAGGACAGCUUUGAGAUGUUCAAUACACUUAUAGAUGGUAUCAAGAACGAAAUGCUACAAUUAACCAAGGAAAACGAUUCUGAUGUAUAUGGUAAAUCAGAUGAAGAGAUUAUAAUGGGAACAUGCAGUGGUGUAAGAUUAUUUUUUGGAACCUUCGUUACUGAGUUUAAGUUCAGUUCUUGCAAACAUGUUGAGUGUGUUUUCCAGAGGUUUUCAAGCAUUACAGUUCCAAUUGUACAGUCGGAACACAAGCACACAAAAGAUAAAAACAAUAAAAAAUCAAAAAAACUACGAUCAUCUUUUGAAAGUUUGACUGGCGUAGAAAGAGGCAUGAAAAAUGGAUUGAUGAAUACUUCGUCGUUUAAAGAGGAGGAUUUCCCAUGUACCCAAUGUGAACCACCAAGAACUGGUGGGAUAUGUAAAAGAACAAUGCUGAUUCUGGAACCUCCUUCCAUAAUGGUGCUUCAUAUCGACAGAUUUAGUGAAAACGGACACGGUGGAGUGGUGAAACGAAACAAUCUUGUUACAUAUCCUGAAAGUUUUGACAUUGUGCAAUUUUGCAGUAAGGCAACGGAGGUUAUUGGAGCAGAUCGUCGACUUUUUUACAACCUUUUUGGAGUUGUCGCACAUUCAGGCAGUCUUAAUUCUGGACAUUAUGUAGCUUAUAUAAAGACAACACAUCGUUCAUCCGCCUUUUGGUAUGACACAAUGAACAGAUUGUGGACAGAUCCUGAAAAACGCAAAACGGAAGUGGUUUGUAAACUAGAGGAGGAAACUUCUCAUUACAACAGCGAAUACGAAAACAAGGGGUCGCCAAUAAAAGAAGAAGAAAACCUAGAUGAUACUGAUUGGUACUUCAUCAGUGAUGAUUAUGUAAAACCUUGUAAAACCACUGAAGCAAUUGAUAACCAAAAUGCAUAUGUAUUAAUGUAUGAAAGAGUAUGAAUCGAAUCAUUGAA